AAAACAUUUUAAAAGAGUUCACAAAAUACUUAAAGGCAAGCGAAUUGAAUCUCGACAGUAAGAAAUUUUACUUGCUACCGAUUGGUUUUUAGUUCUUUUCACGGAGCGCAUUGGUCUCAUCGUUUUCUUUUGAAAAUUCGUUUCAUCGGUUCAUUUUAUUUGGUGUAGUAAUCAAGCGGGAGAAUAAAAAAAAUGUUUUUAUUAGCUGUAACAACAUGCAUACUUGCAUUAUCUGGCUUUGUACAGUGUGAAGCUGAAUCAAAACCAAAUGUUGAAAAUGGUGUUUUAGUGCUUACACAAGAUAAUUUCAAGGGUGCAUUAGCCGAAAAUGAAUUCAUUUUGGUCGAAUUCUAUGCUCCAUGGUGUGGACACUGUAAACAAUUGGCACCAGAAUACGAAAAAGCCGCACAAGCCCUAGAAAAACAAGGUUCAUCAAUCAAAUUGGGUAAAGUUGAUGCCACCGAACAAGCAUCAUUGGCCGAAGAGUACAACAUUCGCGGUUAUCCAACAUUGAAAUUCUUCCGCAAUGGAAAUGAAAUUGAAUACAAUGGUGGCCGUACAUCCGAAGAAAUUGUCAACUGGUUGGUCAAAAAGACUGGACCAGCUGCUGCUGAACUUAAAACCGUUGCUGAAUUGGAAGCCCUCACCGAGGCCAACAAAGUCGUUGUUGUUGGUUUCUACAAGGAGAGUGAAAAAGCCGCCGCAUUUUUGUCAGUUGCCAGUGGCAUCGAUGAAUUUCCAUUUGCCAUCACCAGUGCUGAUGAACUUUUCAGCAAAUAUGAAGUUCAAGAUGGCGCAAUUGUAUUGUUCAAACAAUUCGACGAAGGUAAAGCGGUAUAUGAAGGUGAACAAGUUGAGGCCGACAUUAAGAAAUUCGUGGCCGGUGAAUCGAUGCCAUUGAUUGUUGAAUUCAACCAUGAAUCAGCUCAAAAAAUCUUUGGCGGUGAAAUCAAGAGCCAUUUGUUGAUGUUCGUAUCAAAAGAAGCCGGACAUUUGGAACAAUAUGCCGAAAAAGCAAAGGAUGUUGCCAAGAAAUUCCGUAGCGAAGUUUUGUUUGUUACAAUUAAUGCUGAUGAAGAGGAUCACAAACGUAUCUUAGAUUUCUUCGGUAUGGAAAAAGAAGAAGUUCCAUCAAUGCGAUUGAUUCGCUUGGAAGAAGAUAUGGCCAAAUACAAGCCAGAAAAUCCAGAAUUGAGCGCCGACAAUAUCGAAAGCUUUGUACAAUCAUACCUUGAUGGUAAAUUGAAACAACAUCUCCUAUCACAAAAAUUGCCAGAAGAUUGGGAUAAAACACCAGUCAAAGUUCUUGUCUCUUCCAACUUCGAUGAAGUCGUAUUCAACAAAGACAAAGAUGUUCUCGUUGAAUUCUAUGCUCCAUGGUGCGGCCAUUGUAAACAAUUGGCUCCAAUCUACGAUCAACUUGGCGAGAAAUUCGCUGAUUCAGAGACUGUUGUUAUUGCCAAGAUUGAUGCUACUGCCAACGAAUUGGAACACACCAAAAUCACAUCAUUCCCAACAAUUAAAUUGUACAAAAAAGGUGAUAAUUCUGCUGUUGAUUACAAUGGCGAACGCACAUUGGAAGGAUUCGCCAAAUUCUUAGAAUCAGGCGGUCAAGAUAGCGAAGGAGUUCCAGAUGUUGAGGAAGUUGAGGUUGAUGAAAGCGAAGAAGCACAACCAAGGGACGAACUUUAAGUUAAUAGCGUGUGGCGGUAUUUAAAUGGCGCAAAUCAUUGCGCAAAAUACAAAAGAAAAAAAUUCAUAAAAUCCCAAACUUAAAAAAGAAACAAUAGCAGAAAAAAAUUAAUUAUAGUUUUAAGCGGAGCUAAACUUUCAUUUUCAUUUUUAAAGAAAAUUUUUGUUCAAAGAAAAACCAACCGGGCGAAUAACUAUAAUUUACAGAAUAAACCAUAAAACCAACAUUCAAUCAAUAAGAAUAAUAAUUUUGCACAUAGAGAAAUGAAAACGGUACGUUAUUUAUAAAACUAAAUUCUCGUACAUACAGAAGUUUAGUCAGUGAAUAUAUAACAAAUUUUACCGAUCUGGUGAGAAUAAUUAAACUUUAAGAUGGAGAUAAUGAAAAAAAAAAAAAAAAAAAAAAAAAAACAAAAUAAACAAAUGAGAUAUUAGUGGAGCGGGACGUGCUAUGAAAAUCAUGUGAUCCUCACGUCAAAUA